AUGUCGCAAGGACAAGCAGUUCCGUUUGCUGGGAAAUGGCACCAUUUUACAGUCAGGACUGAUGGAGAAAAGGUGGUUCCAGAACCACAUGGUGACGCCGAACACACAGAAACCUGGGAAUCGGAGGUGAUGAUCCCUUUCGCAGUGGCAAGAACAGUUUACGCUUUCGGUGGACCCCUGCCAGACCAAUCAUCACUUUCGAGUAAAAUGAACAAGGUAUUUCCCUGCUACCCAACUUGCGAACCUAGGAUUUUUGAUAGUGAGCCUUACAACUUUAAUUGUUUAAGCAAACCCCACAAACUCUUUCGAUCCGCCCCGUCAAUAGCCCAUAGGGAUUACCUACCUUGGCUUGAUCGAGUCGAACAAGCGUAUGAGGAUUUCUGGAAGACAUAUGGCAUCUUUGAUUUGAUACAAUUCUCUCGAUCUGGUCCUGAAUAUCGACCAGAAAUGCUGAUAGCAGCUAUGCACUUUUUCGAGUCUUCUACCAACACCUUUCAAUUUAAAUGUGGUAUGAUGACCCCCACUCUCUUAGAUGUAGCCGCCCUCACAGGCCUUAGGCCUAGCGGAGAAACUUAUGACCCCACUAAUUCUAGUGACAAUAUCAAGCUAGUAUAUAAGGAGAAUACCUUUUCCAAAUAUAUAGCUGAACACAAAGGACCCGUCGAAGAGGAGGUUUCUGAUGAAGAGCACGUAGCCUUCUUAACCCUGUGGCUAUCCCACUAUGUCUUCUGCACGAAAUCCUUGCAAGUAGCCAAAAGAUUUAUUCCAAUGGCAUUACAAAUUCAUGAAGGUCGGAACUUUGGAUUUGGACGCCUCUUGUUAGCAGUGCUAUACGAAUCGCUUGGUGAGGCAUGCGAUGAUCUGAAGAAAUCGAAGGAUGGGUCUUCCUUCUUAGUGUCCGGGCCUAUGUGGCUUCUCCAAUUGUGGCUUAAUGCCACUUUCGAACAAGAAAUGGGAUUAAUAAUCCCACAAGAUUAUGCUGAAGAAGUUGCAAAUCGCUCGAUCGAAGGCCAGAGAGCACUUCGAUUAACACCCAAGACCUUAGAUCAAAACCCACAAAAGUUGUUCCUAAAGUACAUGAGGAUUUUUCUGAGCUUUGACAAGUUUCUUCCCCAACAUGCUCCAUUCAUUAGUCGAGAGGUUGGCCCGGCCUGGUUCACUGACUAUUUUCCUGCUGUCGAUCCGGACAAUGAAGAAGAAGUGAACGAAAUAUGGUCAUUUUACUUGAAUCCACAGAUCCUGUCUUGUCGUACAGGUGUUCAAUCGAACUAUUUAGGCCUGGUUGGAUACCAGCCUAAUUUGGUUUCAAGACAAUUUGGCCUCUCGCAAAUCCUUCCUAAAAGCUUGUUCGAAGAUCCUCGAGACGUCAUAAGAGGGGCCAAUCUUUCGGAAAAGACUUUCAAGAAGUUUUUGAAGAUUUCUCUUGAUGAAAACUAUAACCUACAUCCUUUUGAGUUCAACCAUUCCCACUUCUGCACCAUGGGGUUUGUUACCUGGUGGGAGAAAUAUUAUUCGACCCGUUCAGUUGGAGACACUACUAUCAUGAUCUCCAGACUUGAGAGUGGUUUUACACAACCAACGGUCGAGAAUAUCCGCUCAAACCUUCAAGCUCGAGGCAAAACAAUCAUGACGAAAAAAAGUGCUGAAACAUCUCGAGCUGAUGUGAGACCCAAGAAACCCACUGGGGUGAAGAUCCAAGAAGGGAAACAAGAAGAGAAGAGUCAAAAGAAAGAUGAUAGCAUUGAUACUACCACGACUUCAAAACGCUCGAAGCAUGCGGUCGUCGAAUUAGACGAAGAGAAAGAUGAAGAAGAGGAAAGACCUCUUAUAAGAAAAAGAAAGUUACCUGCGACUUCGACCAAGUCUGCUGAACAAACAGAAGUAGGCAAUUCCCAGGCUCAAAUGCCUAAGAAGAAAAAGAAAGUGAAGCAGGUCGAACCUGAACCUUCUGUGGCUGUUGAGGGUGGUGAGCCAAUCAAGAAGAAAAAGAAAAAGACCAAGCCUUCAAAAGAACAAGGUGACAAUCAACCUGUUGACGUCCAACCACCUUCGACCGAUAUUGACGGCACUGAAGUAGAGGCUACUCCUUCUAUUGCUGAGAUGGGCAACCCUGUCGAUCAACCGGACUCACCACAAGAACAAACUGCCGUCGAGGUACAACAAAAUGUUUCUGUAAACGAAAUACCCUCACAUGCUCGAACAUCUCCCGUUCCUGAGACGGAUGCAGUGAAUGUUGAGGAACAGGGUGAAGGUCAAGGCAUUAGAUCCAGCAGUCCUCAUGGAUCGAGUCAGAAAAGUUCAUCCGAAGAAAACUUUUCCGAUGAAGAGGCCAUACAAGAGGCUGAAGCUGGAGGUUCGGACAUUUACCCGGCGUCUUCAACAUCUAAGCUUUCCGCUAGCAUAGGGAUCGCAGAAGAUACAUUCAUUCAAAUGCAAGACGAAGACCCUGCUGCAGCCCUUCGACUCCUGCUGAACACAAGUCAAACCAACACCUCAAGUGAAAAGAUUCCUGGUGCUUCGUCCUCAUCUGAUGCCGAAAUAAACUCUUCAAAAUUGCACAACCCCCUUACCUCUGAUGAGAUUCUAGGCAAAGUUAUCCAAAUCGAGGCCAUCAUUGACCAAUUUGCAAGUACUGUGCAGAAAAAACGCGAAAAUGGCGCCAGACUGGAUGCCCAGAAACAGGCACAUAUCCUUCUGCUCGAGAAAGCCCGAGCUGCUCAACAUGAAGUCGAACGUCUCACCAAAGAGGCGAAAGAAGGAUCUUCUGAGAUCAAAGCCUGUGAUGAUAACAUCUCCUCCUGGGAGGCAACUAUUACGGAUUUGCUGUCUCAGGUCGAUGAUCUAAGGCAAAAAAUUGUGACAGAGCAGGCCAAACGCAAGGAACUCCAGGAGAAGGCCGCUAACUCGAUUCAGAAACUGGUUGCUGAAAAAGGGAGGGAAGGCCUGAAGGCCUUUAGCGCAUCUCAAGCUGUAGCAGAUGAGGCGAGAGUUAUGGAGAGUGCUGACCAGGUCUUAACUAAAGAGAUGGCCACCUUGAAGAAACUAUAUGAGGACUUGGUCAUGCAUUAG